AUGGUUCAUUACGUGAAUCUCAUCUUCGUUGUGUUCUCAGUAAUUUUGAUUUCUCAGAGCUUGGCAUACACCAAUCCACUUGACGUCACAGCCCUCCAGGAUCUAUACAGGAGCUUAAACAACCCUCAAGGGCUGCACGGAUGGAACGGUGGUGAUCCUUGUGAGGAGUAUUGGACAGGAGUAGCUUGUUCUGAGUCCUCAGUUAUACAUCUCAAAAUUCAAGGAUUGAACCUCACCGGAUAUCUUGGAUCCUCGCUGUAUAAUCUACAAAGUUUGAAGAUAUUUGAUAUCAGUUCCAACAGCAUAAUGGGUGAAAUACCAUACGGAUUACCCCCAAAUGCCACACAUAUAAACAUGGCCUGCAACUAUUUGAGCCAGAAUAUCCCUUAUUCAUUAUCAAACAUGAAAAAAUUAAGACAUCUGAAUUUAAGCCACAACUUCAUGUAUGGGCCAAUUGGUAAUGUCUUCACUGGCUUAGAUAAUCUCAAGGAAAUGGACCUUUCUUACAAUAAUUUCACAGGAGAUCUGCCAAGUUCAUUUGGUUCCUUGAUGAACCUUGAGAAAUUGUUCCUGCAGAAUAAUAGAUUUACUGGAUCUGUCACGUACCUGGGGGAGCUUCCGCUCAUUUAUUUGAACAUUCAAGAAAACUUGUUUAGUGGCAUUCUUCCACAACACUUUCAGUCCAUACCAAACUUAUGGAUUGGUAGCAAUAUGUUCCAUGCAGUGGACGGCACUCCUCCUUGGGGCUUUCCUUUGGACGCUGUACCAGUUGAACACAAUACUAGUCGCCCACCCACAACCCAAGCAAAUGCCAUCGAGAAUUAUGCUCCUACUAAAGUAAGAAAACAACAGAAGAAGAAAAUGGGCCUUGGAGGAAUAGCUUUUAUAGUUGGUGGGGGGACAUUAUUGGUAACAGGAUUGGCGCUCUUCAUUGCAAUCGGCAUGAAUAAAUUUCACAUGCAAAAAUUGAAGAACUUCUUCUUCGAAAGCAAUGACCAUAGUCCAUUUUCUAUUCAUUCAUUUCCUUCACAUCCAUUUCCUUCUCAUCCAAUCGGUGCAGCCAAAGAGGUCUCUUAUGCGGCACAAGAUGAUAUGCUGCAAAUCCCACCUUUCAAUGCUGCAUCCCUUUUGCAUCCAAGGCGGUUACCUUCCCAGAACCAUAAAAGAAAGGGGGAAACGUCAAGAAGAAGUUUUUCUGAAAGAGACAAAUUCACUGGAAGGACGAAGGUUUACACAGUAGCUGAGCUUCAGUUGGUUACUAACAGCUUCAGUGAAGACAACCUUCUGGGAGUCGGCUCUCUUGGCUCUGUUUACAGAGCUGAGUUUCCAGAUAACAAGGUUUUGGUUGUGAAGAACAUCCAAAUGGCAGGCUUAUCUUUCAGUGAAGAGGAAAAGUUCUUAGACGUGGUUUGUACAGCUUCCCGUCUGAAGCACCCCAAUAUUGUUGCCCUUAAAGGUUACUGUUUGGAGCACGGCCAACAUCUUCUUGUCUAUGAUUAUGUCAGAAAUUUAACCCUAGACAAUGCUCUACACAGUGCAGCAUACAAACCUUUAUCCUGGGGUCUUCGUCUCCGAAUUUCUCUAGGUGUUGCACAAGCUCUGGACUAUCUGCACUCCACAUUCUCUCCUCCUGUUGCCCAUGGCAACUUGAAAGCUGCCAAUAUUUUACUAGACGAAAAUCUGAUUCCUCGUGUUUCUGACUGUGGCUUGGCUAUUUUUAAGCCACUGACCAACACUACAGCUAAAAUUCGGGCUUCUGAGAUUUCUAUUAGAGAUACUGGGUACAAUUCACCAGACCAUGGCCAACCAGGAGUUAGCAACACAAAGAGUGAUGUCUUUGCCUUUGGGGUGUUGCUUUUGGAGCUGUUAUCAGGAAGAAAACCGUUUGAAAGUUUUAUGCCAAAGGAAGAGCAAUAUCUAGCAAAUUGGGCUUCAUUGAGGCUUCAUGAUAGCGAGAGUUUGGAGCAAAUGGUGGAUCCGGCAAUUAAAAGAACAUUUUCAUCAAAGGCUCUUUCUCGUUAUGCUGAUAUCAUCUCCUUGUGUACUCAGCCUGUAAAGGAAUUCCGGCCUCCAAUGUCUGAAAUAGUGGACUCUCUUGUAUCUUUUAUGCAAAAGCUCAGCGUGUCUAAGAGCACUGGUGGUGUAGCAGAUGGCACGGAGUUUGAUCCUCUUGAGAGAUCUUUUCGUACAACCACAUCUCGCUUUAUGGCAUCCCCAUCAAUGAGCUAUGUAUCUGUAUGA